UAUGAUUUUAUUUCAAAGAAAGGAUUAGUUCUACAAGGAAUUAAUAUGCACAUUUAAGUAAAUUUCCUUGAAAUUUAAUUUAAUUUCCGCUGAUCUCAAAAGUGGUCGUUAUCUAUUUUCCAUCUUCUUCCCCAUUUAAACAUUCAAACCCAUUUUUUCUAUUUGUGCGUUGAGUCCACCGCAGCGCUGGUGUCGCAUGAGUAGUUGUCAAGUUGUGGAAAACGCGUAGAGCUCAGUCGUGUUUGGAAUUUACCGUGGAAAUAUUGCCUCAUUUGGCUGGUGUCGUCCUCGUGAGCGCCCCAAACGUUGUGUAGUCGCGAAGAGGAGUCUCAGGGCUAGCGAGUGCGCGUAUUGAACUGGCGGCAGGACAGAAGAUUCCGUCUGCACUUUGCCCGGAGUGGCGUGAUGAUCCACUGUUGAAGUGCUUUCCGGACGUCCGGGAGACACGCUGAUCAUCCUGGAAUUGAGUACCAGCGGAGUGUGGAGCAUGAGCCUGGGCGAGUCCAGUCGGCCGAAGUUCUUGAAACCUGAUGACGAGUCCUUUGCGUCAGAUCGCGACGCCCUUCCUUCCGAUGAUCAGGUGACCACGUUCGUCUUCAACGCACAUCACAAUUUGAAGCUAGCUGAGCAGCGAGAACGUCUUCCGAUCUACAGAUAUCGCGAUCACAUCCUCCACUGUCUGGAGCAGUAUCAGACGCUCGUGCUGGUGGGCGAGACGGGAAGCGGGAAGAGUACUCAAGUGCCACAGUAUUUGUACGAGUUCGGAUGGCACGCGAAGGGUUUGAUCGGCGUGACGGAGCCGAGGAGGAUUUCUGCCAUCACGCUGGCGGAUCGUGUGGCGCAGGAGCGUGGAGAGCUGGCCGGAGACUCGGUGGGAGUGUCAGUGCGGUUCAUCGAGAAGGUUUCUGCUGUCACAAGGAUUAAAUAUAUGACUGAAGGCAUCCUGCUGAAUGAACUCCUGGCCGAUCCUCUCUUGACACAGUACACAGUGAUUAUGAUUGACGAGGCGCACGAGAGGAACACCCUCACGGACAGCUUAAUGGGCUUGCUGAAGAAGAUCCUGAGCAAACGAGAGGAUCUGCGCGUGAUUAUCGCCUCAGCCACAAUUGAUGCUGAGAUGUUCAGGGAUUUCUUCAGCAGGAAACAUCGGAAGGGUGACAAGGACACCGCUGUGAUCUUGAGUGUGGAGGGACGUUUGCAUCCGGUUGAGAUCUUCUAUCUGCGAGAACCCUGUCCGGAUUACGUGCAGGCCACAGUCAGCACUUGCCUGAAGAUCCACAGGAGUGAGAGUCGUGGAGACAUUCUGGCCUUCCUCACGGGCCAGGAGGAGGUGCUGCGCGCGGUGAAUCUGCUGAAGGAGCACCAAGAGGCGGAUGAUAUGACGGAUGUGCAAAUUCUACCCAUGUACGGCACUCUGCCGAACUCUGACCAGCUGAAAGUGUUCUUUGCGCCUCCGCGAGGCGUUCGGAAAAUUGUGCUGGCGACGAAUAUCGCCGAGACGUCCAUCACGAUUCCGGGCAUUGUUUAUGUGGUGGAUUGUGGCUUCGUGAAGCUCAAGUGGUUUACGCCAGAGAGUCGCAUGGACUCUCUGGUGGUGGUGCCGGUGAGUAGGGCGGCGGCUGAGCAGCGUGCCGGUCGAGCGGGUCGCGUGAGGAGUGGAAAGGUGUUCAGACUCUAUGGAGAGGAAGAUUUCAAGGAGUUGCCUGAAAAUACGCCACCAGAGAUGCGACGGACAAAUCUCUGCUCGACAAUUCUACACUUGAAAGCCCUUGGGAUUGACAAUGUCCUGCGAUUUGAUUUCCCUUCACCGCCGCCAGCCAGGAAUCUUCACGCCGCCCUGGAGACGCUGUACGCUUUAGGGGCGUUGGAUGACAGUGGAAGCCUUACGCGACCUGUGGGCUAUUCCCUGGCCGAAAUGCCCAUCGAUCCGAUGAUGGGGAAGAUGCUGUAUGUGGCCAGUGAGAUGGGCUGCACGGAGGAGAUUCUCUCCAUCAUCGCCAUGCUUCAGGUGCAAUCGGUAUUCUCGAAGCCGGCUUCUAGCCAGGCGCAGAUUAGGGCGCGCAUCGCGAAGAGAGACUUUGAAGUGGCGGAAGGUGAUCUCAUAACGCUACUCAAUGUCUUCACGGCUUUCGUGGCCGAGGGUAGAACCAAGGACUUCUGUGGUCGCCACUUCCUGAUCUAUCGGAACCUAAAGCGCGCCUACGAAAUUCGUUCUCAGCUAGAGUCACACGUAAGGAACAAAAUUGGUCUGCCGAUGAUCUCGUGCCAGGGCAAUGUGGAGACACUCUGUCGGUGCAUUGUGGCUGGAUUCUUCCCCAAUGCGGCGUAUCUGCACCACUCUGGCGAGUACAGGAGCGUCCGUGGCAGCACAGAACUUCACUUGCAUCCGCAAUCCACGCUGUACACGCUCAAGCCGCCCAAGUGGGUGGUCUUCUGCGAACUGAUGCUCACCACGAAGCUCUUCAUGAAGGAGAUCACGGUGAUUAGGGACGAGUGGCUGCUGGAAUUGGCUCCGCACUACUAUCACAAAGCCACAGUUCGAGAUACUGAAGAUUAAUCAUCAUUUAUUUGUUCUAUAAAUGAAAAACAUUCUUUCACCUA